UUGCAAUUACAACAAAUGUUUUCAUUACAACUUUUAGAGGUGCAUCAAAUAUUACAAUCAUCAACACCCUAAUUAUUGGUCAACAUCACAACGGGAUGCAACGUCAAACCCCAACCAAGAUACUUGUACCUCUUAAUGGUAAGACAAUUUAGCAGUGCCGUCGUGGGGUAGGUCGUGCGGGAUGACAGUAGAACUCAAAUUUGCAGGUAGCCUACCCGACCAAACCUGGUCAAUGCGAGUAAAACCCUCUUUAAAGGAUUGCGGGUCGGGUUUGGCUUUAACUCGUUAUACUGGGUUGGGUUGAGUUUGAGUUUAGCCAUAUCCAACCCGUGGAUACUUGCACCCAAGUCCAUACUCCCACGACCCUCAAAACCCUUAACUAAUUAACUAUAAUUUCUAAACUAAUUACUGACAACUUUAAUUAAUCAUAUUGUUUGUGGAUGUUUAUCUUUAAUAUUGAACAAUUGUAUGAAUGAUUUGUGAGUUAGUGUGUCUGUACAUCUUUGUACAUGAACCUAUGGGUACCCAUGAACCCGCAGAUACCCAGCAGUUGGAUUGAAUUUGAGUUUUCCUAAUCCAGAGGGUUUUACCCCGGAUUUUUUUUAUGGAUAAACCCAUAAAUUUGAGUUUGGGUUUGGCAUAACCCGUACCAACCCGACCCAUUAUCACCCCUACCUAAAUCUGAUGCCCCUCAAAGUCCCAUGUGAUGAUCCCAGAGGCGUCUGACUGACUGUUGCGGGUUUGGUCCCGUUCCGUCAUAAAAAAAUGUUCGCCAAAAACCCUAAUAACUAACCAAAUGAGGUAAAGUAACUAACAAUCUUUUCUAUAGGGUCAUUUUAGGGGUGGAAAACAGGACGAUAUUGGGUACCCGUCCCGUUUGAAACGGGUACCCAUUCCUGUUUGGAGGGCAAAGCUCAUCCCAUAUCCCAAACCCGAAAGGGUAACAGGUACCCGUUAACCCGUACGGGACGGAUAAUGGGUACCCAAACUACCCGUUAAUACCCAUUUAACAUGGGAAAUUUAUAAAAUUACACAUGGAACAAAAUAACAAUAUUAUACUUGAAACAAAAUAAAAUAAGCAUUAAAAAUAGGGCUACUGUCUGUAUGGUAUAAGACAUAAUAAUAUAGCUACUGUCUACUUGUCCUUGAAAAUGAAAAUAAAAUUUGAAGUACAAAAUAACAAGGCUAAGAAGCUACUGUCUCUUGCGCACACAAAUGAAAAAAUUCCCAGCUACCUCCCGACCAACUGCGUCAAGGAGAACAAGAAGCGGUCACUAAUUUGUGAUUUGCGGGCAACCAACAGAAGCCAAGUAGUCGCCCAAGGCCUGGGCUUGGACUAGCGACUGGGCUUGAGCUGAGCUCGGAUCUUGGGAUGGGAACUGGGUUUCAGUUUUGGACUAAAUGUCUAAAUGAAAUUUAAUAAAUUUUAAUAGGUAAUACGGGUACCCAAACUACCCAAACGGGUAUUAGUGGGCAACCCGCGGGUACCCGAUAUUGAGAUUCUUAAUCUCAAGUCCCAUCCCGCAACAAAUAUAACGGGUAUUUGAGUACCUGUAACCUCAAAAAAUGGGACGAAUUUGGGUAUAUCCAAAUACGUUUCCCGUUGUCCACUCCUAGUCCAUUUGUCACUGAGUUACCAAAUGGAAACAAGUCCAAACAAGCAAAGAAAUGACGAGACCGUUGUCCAUUAGUUUUCCUCUUCGGCUUACCAAAAAUCUCCUCACGUCACAAUGUUCUCAUCCUUAUACCAUCGCUGCUGCACACCUUUAAUUAUCCUCCUUCCCUCCUCCGCCAAUCCUCUUUCGUUUUCACCGCCACUACGCCUCGCUCGCCGUCUCCGUCUCUCCGCCCAACAAGUCUCCUUAUAUUCAAACUCUCCCUCCUUUCCAAUCCCACCAACCAACAACCACCAAAAACCUUCUCCUCCUCGUCCUUUCUCCUCUCUCUCCGCUUCUCCCCUCCUAACGUCACCGCCAUCAACAAUGGGCUCCCUCUCCGCUCCCGCCGGCGGAUUACUGCCGUAUCCUCCCGCGCGCAGGGACGAGUCCGUCGUCGAGGAUUACCACGGCGUCAAGGUCUCCGAUCCUUACCGAUGGCUGGAGGAUCCUGAUUCGGAGGAGACCAAGGCGUUCGUGGAAGAGCAGGUGAAGCUGACGGAUUCCGUGCUGAAGACCUGCGAUGCGAGGGAGAAGCUCAAGGAGAAGAUUACCAAGCUGUUCGACCAUCCCCGCUACGAAGCGCCGUCCAAGCGUGGGGACAUGUACUUCUACUUCCACAACACCGGGCUCCAGGCCCAGAGCGUUCUCUACGUUCAGGAUGGCUUGGAAGGGGAGCCGGAGGUGUUGCUUGAUCCGAAUACGCUGAGCGAGGAUGGCACUGUGGCGCUGGGAAAUCUUUCGGUGAGCGAGGAUGGCAAGUACUUGGCCUACGGGGUUAGCUCGAGCGGGAGCGAUUGGAUAACAAUCAAGGUCAUGCGAGUUGAGGACAAGAGAGUUGAGGAAGACACGAUAUCAUGGGCAAAGUUUACUGGGAUCAGUUGGACGCAUGAUAGCAAAGGGUUCUUCUAUAGCCGUUACCCUGCUCCCAAAGAUGGGGAGAAGUUAGAUGCUGGGACAGAGACCAAUAUCAAUCUAUAUCAAGAAUCAUAUUACCAUUUCUUGGGUACAGAUCAAUCCGAGGACAUUCUGUGUUGGAAAGAUCAAGAAAACCCCAAGCACUUCUUCGGUGCAUCAGUGGCAGACGAUGGAAAGCAUGUUCUUCUACAUAUCAGCGAGGGGUGUGAUCCAGUCAACAAAAUAUACUACUGUGAUAUCUCUACACUUCCUGGAGGACUAGAAGGUUUUAAGGGAUCAAACAAACUUCUCCCUUUCACUAAGCUUGUGGAUAACUUCGAUGCUCAGUAUGAACCGGUAGCAAAUGAUGGCACCACAUUCACUUUCUUGACAAAUAAGGAUGCUCCUAGGUAUAAGCUAGUCCGAGUGGACUUGAAUGACCCGAGUUCAUGGACAGAUGUUGUCCCGGAAUCCGAGAAGGAUGUACUAGAGUCAGCAGAUGUGGUCAACGGGGAGAAAUUGAUACUUAGUUACCUGAGUGAUGUCAAGAAUGUGUUGGAGAUCAGGGACCUAAAGACGGGUUCCUUCCUGCAUCAACUGCCUAUUGAUAUAGGUACUGUGACUCGGGUAUCUGCAAGGAGACAGGAUAGUGUAGCAUUUAUAGGAUUUACGAGCUUUCUUUCCCCCGGGAUUACAUACCAAUGUGAUUUCGGAUCUGGGGAUCCGGAAAUGAAGGUAUUUCGGGAGACCAAUGUACCUGGAUUCGAUCGCUCAGAGUUCCAAGUGAAGCAGGUUUUCGUUACUAGCAAAGAUGGCAACAAGUUCCCAAUCUUCAUUGGGUCGAAGAAGGACAUAAAACUGGAUGGAUCAAACCCAUGCUUGCUGUACGGAUACGGUGGAUUCAACAUCAGCAUCACUCCGUCAUUCAGUGUGACCCGGGUAACACUCGCCAAACAUUUGGGCGUCGUCUUCUGCAUCGCCAACAUCCGCGGCGGUGGAGAGUACGGCGAGGAAUGGCACAAAGCAGGGUCACUAGGCAGUAAGCAGAACGUCUUCGAUGACUUCAUCUCUGCCGGUGAGUACCUUGUGUCAGAAGGCUAUACUCAGCCGAAGAAGCUAUGCAUUGAAGGUGGGAGCAACGGUGGCCUCCUCGUCGGAGCCUGCAUGAAUCAGAGGCCAGAUUUGUUUGGUUGUGCGCUGGCUCAUGUUGGCGUCAUGGACAUGCUACGAUUUCACAAGUUCACAAUUGGGCAUGCUUGGACUACUGACUAUGGCUGUUCGGACAAAGAGGAAGAGUUCCAUUGGCUGAUCAAGUACUCUCCACUGCACAAUGUGAGGAGACCAUGGGAAGUGAGCCCCGAUGUUCAGUACCCUCCGACCAUGUUGCUGACCGCCGAUCACGACGAUCGGGUUGUUCCAUUACACUCUCUCAAGCUGUUGGCGACGUUGCAGCAUGUUCUGUGCACCAGCUUGGACAACAGUCCGCAGACCAACCCGAUCAUCGGCCGGAUCGACCGGAAGUCCGGCCAUGGCGCCGGCCGUCCGACUCAGAAAAUGAUUGAUGAAUCGGCGGAUCGGUACGGGUUCAUGGCGAAGGUGGUGAAUGCAACGUGGACUGAGUAGAAUUAGAAACACGAAGGAGAGCGGCAUCUCGAUCAGAGUUUUCCACUUGGUGUUUAUUCCGUUGAUGGAACCGUUUGGAUUAUGCCAUCGGAACGGUAGCUUUUUUUUUUUAGGCUCUCCUUGUAAGAUAUGGUAAAUGCUCUGGUUUUUAGAACAUUUAUGGCCGUGGUGGGCGCCAACAAGGAAAUGAUUGUACAACUUGUUACAUUAUUAUCAUUAUUAUAUUAGGUGAAGCGCAACUUGUUAUACCUGAUUGCAUACAAUGGAUGAUUAUUCGAAAUCUUAUCCCUUAUAAUGAAUACUUGCCAAUACC